ACAGGGACUUCCCUGAGCCUCCAUCAUCUGCAGGGAGGGAAAAAAACACUCACACACACACUGCCUCCCACACACACACACGCACACUCUGCUGAGAGCUAGCAAGGGGCUUUAAACAGCUUCACACAUAACCGAGACAAAGGGACUGUAACCUGCCACAAUGGAAGAAAACAUGGAUGAAUCGCAAAGCCAGAAAGGCUGUAAGGAGUGCUGCGAGCGAUGUGUGGGCAGCCUGCCCUGGGCGUCGCUCAUCGCCACCAUCCUCCUCUACAUGGGCGUGGCCUUGUUCUGUGGGUGUGGCCACGAGGCUUUGAGCGGCACCGUCACCAUCCUCCAGAACUACUUUGAAGUCAUCAGAGCCCCGGGAGACACUCUGGAUGUGUUCACCAUCAUCGACAUCCUGAAGUACAUCAUUUAUGGCCUUGCAGCUGGAUUCUUUGUGUUUGGAGUGCUGCUGCUGGUGGAGGGCUUUUUCACCACCGGAGCCAUCCGCGAUCUCUACGGAGAGUUCAAGAUCACUGCCUGCGGACGCUGCCUUACUGCAUUCCUGAUGUUCCUGGCCUACCUGUUCUUCCUGGUGUGGCUCGGGGUGACGGCAUUCACCAGCCUGCCGGUCUUCAUGUACUUCAACGUUUGGUCCAUGUGUCAGAACACCAGCUCGGUGGAGGGAACCAACCUCUGCCUGGACCUGCGUCAGUUUGGAGCGGUGACCAUCUCCGAGGAGAGGAAGUUGUGCACGCAGUCCGAGAAGUUCGUCAAGAUGUGCGAAUCCAACGAGCUGGACUUGACCUUCCAUCUGUUCGUGUGCGCACUAGCAGGAGCAGGAGCUGCUGUCAUCGCCAUGGUGCACUUCCUGAUGGCUCUAGCCGCUAACUGGGGCUACCUGAAGGACGCCAGUCGGAUGCAGAAGUACGAGGACAUCAAGUCGAAGGAGGAGCAGGAGCUGCACGACAUCCACUCUACACGCUCCAAAGAACGCCUCAAUGCCUACACAUAAACACGCCGCCACGAGGAACGACACACACACACUUACCUGUCAGACACACACGCACACACGGGUGAAAAAGAUUCAUUCAAACAAAUUUACAGACACGAGUAGGCAGAAAUUAGAGGAUAAGAAACCCAUGAGAUCACCGACGCCCUCCUCAUCCUCAGCUCUGCAGUCGAUCGUUGCUGGUCUGCUCCAAGUUUAACACGAUAAAUCGUCCAGAUUCACCGAACCUAAACCGGUCAGACAUUUUAGUCUGAAGGUUUCUGAAUGUGAUGGUGUGAGUUUUCAGGCCUUUCAGAGUAAAAUGCUGCACAAACAAAAGUUCUCACUGCAUAACACAAACCAGCGUAACGAGAAAUGCCAAAAAUCACAACGGACGAACCCAAAGAAGGAGAAUUAUUUCAAUCUGAUCGCCUAAAGACUCCAAACAGCAACGAUCUACAGCAGACGCAUGAGGACGGCGUCCGUGAGCUCAUCAUCAACCCACACACACACACACACACACACACACACACUGAGACAUGUAGAUGUGACUGAAUGGUCGGUGUUGUUUGGUGGUGUCAUGCUGUGUUGUGUCGUUCGCCACGCUAUGAUGAUGGUGUCACAGAGAAAUAAGGUCCCCGAGGAAAUUUGUGCCUCCCGGGUACAAAUGGGUAGCUUUGCCAACUCCCCCCACCCCCUCCUUUCUCCCUCCCUGACCUCUGACCUCUUCACGUUGAGCCCAGUUUCAUUAGUUGUUUCGUAGUUUCUCGUCGCGCUCGCUGACCCGUGUGGUCGUUUGCAGCGGUGGGGGGUGGGGCGGGGUUUUGGAAACAAAAAGCACUGGAUUGGUGGUCGGAGACCCGCCUGAGGUUAGCGUUGAGCUCGAGCUUUGGUUAUAACGUUUUCAACCAUAACCACGGGCCGAUCACGACGACUUGCAGGAGAGAUUUUACCCGUUAAUUACGGAGCGCCGAUGAUCGCAGAAAAAUCGAAGUCACGAACACGACCAAAUUCUCUCAAUGCGUCACUAUUUCUGCGUAUCUUUAUUAUUAUUAUUAUUGUGAGGCUGACAGCACGUACGGUGGCAGCGGGGUGCAGCUAGUGAAACGGGGCUCCUCCUCCUCCCCUCUUCGUCCCCUGAUUGUACAAACUUGUGAUUCGUCCUCAGAAACAGCACAUCUUAGCAGCACAAAGUCUUUUAGUCAUCAUCUCAUCCGUCUGUUACGUAACGUUUUCUCACUUUUCAGGGAUUUUGCCACAUUUUUAUUCGGAUUCUUUCUGUGUGAUUUUAGCACCGGGGUAUUUAAACGGGG